AUGACGGUGGUAGGGUUAGGUUUGUGCAUCUUAUUCCUGUUGCUGUCGGAUGCAGCAGCUACUCGUCAGGUUAAGGGGGAGCUCCGCAGGAAUCUGUUCGCAAAUGGAAUUGGUCUAACACCUCCCAUGGGAUGGAAUAGUUGGAAUCACUUCCAAUGCAACAUUGAAGAAAAACUGAUUAGAGAAACAGCGGAUGCAAUGGUGUCUACUGGACUUGCUGCCGUAGGAUACCAGUAUAUAAAUUUAGAUGAUUGCUGGGCCGAACUUAACAGAGACUCUAAGGGAAAUUUGGUUCCAAAAUCUUCUACUUUCCCAUCGGGAAUCAAGGCUUUGGCGGAUUAUGUCCACAGUAAAGGGCUAAAGCUUGGGAUUUACUCUGAUGCUGGAACUCAAACUUGUAGCAAAACCAUGCCUGGCUCACUAGGCCACGAGGAGCAAGAUGCAAAAACUUUUGCUUCAUGGGGAAUUGACUACCUGAAGUAUGACAAUUGUUACAAUACUGGUACUAGUCCAAAGGAAAGGUACCCCGUAAUGAGUAAAGCUUUGUUGAAUUCUGGAAGGCUCAUCUAUUUUUCCUUAUGCGAAUGGGGGCAGGAGGACCCGGCGACUUGGGCUCCCAAAAUUGGGAAUAGUUGGAGAACAACAGGGGAUAUUGUUGACAACUGGGAAAGUAUGACGUCUCGUGCGGAUGAAAACGACAAAUGGGCAUCUUAUGCUGCACCUGGAGGAUGGAAUGAUCCUGAUAUGCUUGAAGUCGGAAACGGAGGAAUGACGAUAGAGGAGUAUCGUGCACAUUUUAGCAUUUGGGCAUUAUCUAAGGCUCCUUUGUUGAUUGGAUGUGAUAUUCGAGCAAUGGAUAAUAUAACAUUCAGUUUGCUUACCAACACGGAUGUUAUCGCUGUUAAUCAAGACAAACUUGGAGUACAAGGGAAAAAGGUUAAAAAAGAUGGCGACUUGGAGGUUUGGGCUGGCCCACUCAGUAACAACAGGAAGGCUGUAGUGCUGUGGAACAGAAGUCCUUCAACUGCUACACUCACAGCUUAUUGGUCAGACAUAGGCCUUAACCCAACUAAUGUGGUCAAUGCCCACGAUUUAUGGACGCAUUGGACUCAAUCGGCAGUAAAGGAGAAACUCUCGGCAAAAAUAGAGUCCCAUGCUUGUAAGAUGUACGUCCUAACUCUUCAGUAGUUAACACAACCCAAGGAAGGAGCUUCUUCGUCAU